CUGAGUCUCUACAAUAGAAAUAACAGCCCAAAAACAGAGCACCAACACUCCAAAACAAAACAAGGAUGUAAAUCAAACAUAACUAAACAUUAUUAUCUUCGCUUCUCUUCUUCAAUUCGUGAAAGGAGCCACGCUGGUCCUCCUCUAGGUAAAUAAGAAUGAACCCGCCGAUCUCUUGUAGCGCUUGAAGCUAUCUCAAGACUCAUUUUUCCACACGUAACUUCAGAAAGGAGAGAAUAGGCACGUGUCAAUCUUCUCUCUUGCUACUUGAUUCGUCGAGUCUCUUCUUCUCUUGUAUCGCCUCUUACUGCAAAAAAAUUCCAAACUCGAAAUUUUAAUCAUCCCCAAACAUGAAGACCAUUCUACAUUUAGGUCUUACCCAAAAUUCGAUUAUUCACACAAAUGUUGAAUUCUCUGUUGUUGAUUUAUUCUUGAAAAAUCCCAAACGGGCAAUGCACAGAAGGUGUUCGAUAAAAUUCCCCAAUGAUCAAAAUUGUUUUUUUCCAAGCGUUGUCACGUGGCUCUCACGUGAUAAGCCGUUAAAUCCGUUGAUAUUCCCGCUUUUACUCAUGCUUCUUCUUGUAAAACACAUAUCUCUCUAAAGCAGAAAGCACAAGAACCUUGAGAGUCGUUUCUAUGGAGUCUACUACUUUCCUGAAAGAUGCUGUGAGCGUAAAACUCCACGCAAAGGCAAAAGAACUCUUCGCUAAUGGAGAUCACAUCAAGGCCUUGGAGAUAAUCGAAGAUAUGAUUUGUGUCAAUAAGGAAGACAAGAACAUAUGGUUUCUUUAUUCGGAACAAGGUUACAUGUUUACGAAACUAUCGGAAAAAGCAGAGAACCUUGACGUUGAUUUCACAUUCAAGUUAGGUGCUGUUGGAUGUUCUUCGGAACAUGAGAAGUUAUUAAGUUUGUGUGCACAUGGAUUCCACACUUUGGCUCACCAUAUUGGGUCAGUGAUGUAUUACAAAAAGUGUUUGAAGAAAGCAAAACAGUGCUUAUCUGUUUCUAACCAGAGUGAAGACUCGGAUUCUUCUGUUGCUCAAAUGAGUUUACAUAAGAACAAAACGAAUAAAGAUCUGGAGACUUUAAUCAAAAAUGCAGAGACCGCGAUUGCUCUUUCCAAGAUUGGAAAACUGAAAGGUUUACUAGAAGAAGACGAUGAGCCAGAAGUUUUGGAGUCAAAGAGUAGUUCAGAGCCGGUUAAGAACGAGAUUAAAGGCUUGAGGUCGUUUUGGUUAGGUUUGAAUGUUAAGGUCAAAAGGGAUUUUAUGAAAGUAAGCAUUGCAAAGCUUACAAGUUUUGUCCAGAGAGUAUAUGACAGACCGAGACAAAAUGCUUUGGAGCAAAUUCUUGUUUCUGCCAGGGAAGACAGAAAAUGGACAUUCUGGAUGUGCCAAAACUGUUCAGAGAAGUUCUCUAGUGCGGAAGAAUGUAAGAAACAUCUUGAACAAGAACAUGCUGCAGGUUUUAAACCUUCUAAGGAAAUGGAUAUGAAGAGGAUAGGGAAAGACUGGGCUCGUAAGAUAUCUGUUGGAGGUUGGGAACCAGUGGAUACAGGAGCUGCCGUUGAAAUGAUCAAAAAUCGGCUCGCAGAUGUGAAAGCGUUUUCAUAUAAGAAUGGAUGGUCCAAAGAAUGGCCUUUAGCUUCUGAUGACGAGCGCGGUAAGUUACUCAAGGAAAUCAAAAAUCUCCUUGUGAUGUUUCGUGACCUCAAAAUUCUCCCUUGUAGUGUUCGAGACUGUGUGAUGCAAUAUCCUUUACGGUAUUUUGGAGAACUUGAAGUUUCCAAACAGAGUCUUGUCGAUUCUCACCUAGUGGAAACACCUCAGAGUAUAUGUUUUCUGGAUUGUCAUGAACUCAAUAAAAUCCUAAACUUUCUAAAACGCAUCAAGUCUGAAAGGGAUGAUGGUAUUGAUGUCGUUUCCAGAGCAGUGGACAGUAUCUUGAGUUCUACUCGAGUUAAAGAAAAGGUUGACUUUGACCCUCAGUUUUCAUUGCUGCUUCUGGAUAGAAGACUGCUUAAAAGCAAUAAUGCUCCAAUCAAUGAUGAAGGAACAAUCAAUGUUUUUGAUCCCAAUGUCUACCCCAAGGCACCAGCUCAGGGAGAUGAUAUCAUAUCCUGGUUAACUGACUACAAUUCAGUAGAGAAGACUUUUCCCAUACCUAUCAGGGUACAUAAUCUUGAUAUCUGGGUGGCUGUUCUGAGAGCUGUUCAGUUCACAUGUAGAACCCUGGAAACCAAAUAUGCAAAGAAAGUGCAGGUAUUCAAUUAUUCUGUAGCUCUUACUGCCGUUGAAGACUUGUGUAUAAGCGAAGAUGAAAGGAGAAGGAAUCUUCAGGAAGAUCAGUGGAACAGCUAUGCAUCUCUUCUAUCUGACAGAUGCGAAGAGGGAGUCCUAAGAAAUUCCCUCACUACCAAAUUAUUUGUGUGUGCAGUACGAGAUGUUCUCGAAGGCGCAUCGGAUCUGACAUUUGAGUUCCCCGAUUUUGAAGAAUGCAUGAAUCUUAUACGUGGGCGUAAAAGUCUCAGCGAUGAUAUAGUGUUAAAGUCAAUAGCCUUUCUGAAAAUACUGGCACAUACCAAGGUUAUGCUAAUCGAUUCAAAGAUUUUGCUGAUUGAUAAAUCAAGGAUUAGUUUGCUGAAUGACCUCACCAGGCUUUCUGUUUUUGACAACCGCACUUAUCUCCUUGAACUGCUGAAAAAUUUCUUGCUGAAUGAAAUUAUUAUUAUGGCAUCCAAAGCCAAGUUAGAUGCAGCAGCAGCAGCAGAAGCAGAUCUUUUACUCGAGGAGGAGAAGAAGUCACAGUCAAAGAAGAGGAAAAAUACAAGCAAAAAGAAAACUUCAACGAGCAUCUCUAGUCCUCUUUCUAAGACUGUUGAACAUAAAUCAUCUGACAUCCUUGAACCGGAAAGCACGUCUCCAUCACUAGGGAAGGUGGAAGAAGAUUCUAUGGAACCAGAUGCCACUCUUUCAAGUGAAAGGGGUCGAUUGGAAAUCUCACCCAACACAGUCAACCAAGAGGAAGUUACGCAAAACAUUCCUGUAGAAGAUUCACAGUCGGAACAUUUAGAGUCAGCUCUUAGAGACGCUGCAACCAGAUACAAUUCAGCUCUUGACAUGACGCUGAAGGCCCUUUUGAACAUUCAAAUUCUCAAAGAAGAUUUGAUGCAACCAUUUCAAGACCACCCGGAAGAACACGUUCCUCCUGCACUACGAAAUUUCUUUACUGCUAUUGUGUCAGAUGGGAUCAAUGUUGAGGGAGUCUACAGCUGCCUCUUGCGUGACUUACUUGCUUCCCUAGAAGAAGUUAUUUCCAUGUCGAGUGAUGCUGCUGAGGUUCUUGUAACCAUCCUUGAGUCUUGGCAUUGCUGGAAGAAUGCUGAAAGGGAAAGCUUGGUAACUCGCCUUUUUACGUUGGAGGAAAAUGAAAGAAUGAGUUGUAGAAAAUGCAGAAAGAAACCAAAUUAUCCAGAGCAAAGUUCAUAUGGCAUUGUUAUGGCUGCAGAUUCUAUCAGAGACUUGAAGUGUGCUCUUGGGAAUAUAGAGUUUGUGGAUAUCCUUAAGGUGAUCCGGAUGGAUUAUACAAUGCUAUGCGAUGUUAAAACCGGAGGCUGUGGAAUAACAAACCUUGUUCAUCACAUCUUAAGUAAAUGUCCACCUGUCUUCAUAAUCGUGUUAGAAUGGGAGAAGAGUGAAACUGAAAAAGAAAUAUCAGAAACAACAAAGGCUUUAUACUGGGAGAUAGAUAUCAGCAGGAUGUACGAAGGAUUGAAACCAAACACUAAGUACCGGCUUGUGUCAAUGGUUGGUUGUGGUGUAGAAGAAGAAGAACACAUUUGCAUAGCUUAUGAAAAUAAUCGGUGGUUCAAUCUCAGACAUGAUGCUUUAACAAGAGAGGAUGUUGGUAACUGGAAAAGUGUGGUUGGAUUCUGUGAAGAGAGAAAGGUUCGGCCAGAGAUUCUGUUUUAUGAAGCUACCGGCUCGAUCGAUAGCCUAAACUAAAAAGUGACAGAAUUGUGUCAAUAUGGAGAAAACGCAGCAUUGAUGAUGUAUAAAACAGCUACAUGUUCCAACUCAAAAGAAGUUGUGCUCUCUGUACUAUAAUAUGAUUUGUCUUGGAAACUACAUUGUUCAUGUACAUACAAAAUAAGCAAUGAGAGAGCCGUGCGCAUAAAUUGUUCAGCUACUGAAAGACACAUCUUUGAAAUAACCGCUUAUAACCAGCUCGGUUCGUUCUCUGGUUCAUACACCAGAUACUGUGAAUUCAUUGAGU